AUCCUUGCUGGCACCUUUCUGGAUAUUCUGGUGAACCUUGUUAAGAAUUCAGAGAAACUGUCACGUGACAAAGACAGAUCCAGUCUUAAGGCUUACGCACAUUCCAUCCACCACAUCCGAACAAUGUCCUACGUUUUUGUAAAUGAUUCUUCUCAGACUAAUGUACCCUUGCUACAGGCCUGUAUUGAUGGAGACUUUAAUUACUCCAAGAGGCUUUUGGAAAGUGGCUUUGACCCAAAUAUUCGUGACAGCAGGGGCAGAACAGGCCUUCACCUUGCAGCGGCCCGAGGGAAUGUAGACAUCUGCCAGUUGUUACAUAAAUUUGGUGCUGAUCUCCUGGCCACUGAUUAUCAGGGAAACACAGCUCUUCAUCUCUGUGGCCAUGUGGAUACUAUUCAAUUCUUGGUUUCCAAUGGACUCAAAAUUGAUAUUUGCAACCAUCAAGGUGCUACACCCCUAGUUCUGGCAAAGCGCAGGGGAGUGAAUAAAGAUGUCAUCCGAUUGCUGGAAUCAUUGGAAGAACAGGAGGUAAAAGGAUUUAACAGAGGAACUCACUCAAAACUAGAGACCAUGCAGACAGCUGAGAGUGAAAGCGCCAUGGAAAGCCAUUCCCUCCUCAAUCCCAACCUGCAGCAGGGUGAGGGGGUCCUGUCCAGCUUCCGCACCACGUGGCAGGAGUUUGUAGAGGAUCUGGGCUUCUGGAGGGUGCUGCUCUUGAUCUUUGUCAUCGCUCUGCUGUCUCUUGGCAUCGCCUACUAUGUGAGUGGGGUGCUGCCCUUCGUGGAAAACCAGCCUGAACUGGUGCAUUAAAGGAGCUCCCAGGAGAGGAGACGGAUGCCAGUGUCCUGGCUUCCAGUGUUUGUUCUCAGUUUCUUAAAAUCUCUUAGUGCAAAGCAGUGAGGGCUGUACUUUUGUUUCUUUUUGCAUUUUUACACAUUGUAAUCCUUUUAGAAGAACAACCUGUCUGUUGGAACUAACUACAUACUGUAGUCAAGGAUACUGUCCUAAAGCUGCCUCCAACUCAGCCUGACUUCUUAGGAAAGGCUCUGCAAAGCCUUGUUUGACAAAGAUGUGGCAUUGGCUAAGGAAUGAGAGAUAGAGGAUGAGACUAGGAAAUCCUUGCUACAGAAACCUUAACCUAAUAUAAGACCAACUAGGGUGAAAUGUUUAAAGUUCGUCUUAUAUGAUUAGUUGUGGUUGGUAGUUUCAUUUUGUUUUUGUUUAUUUUUUCAAGAGCUGCUUUUCACUCUUUACUUUCUCUGGGGAAUAGUAGGGUAGGGGGAAAUGAAACCUUCAGCUUAAAACUUGAAGUGCUUUUUUCAGAUUUUGUAGUGCAAAUCAGUAUUGUUGGGACCUGUUUGGUUUAUUUUAACAUUUUCAAGUCUAGUCACAAACCAAACAGAACUUUUGAAAAGGAACUGUAUUUUCCUCAAAAAUGAUUGAUUUGAUCUUAUAUUUAUUUGUUUUUAAGAUAAGUUUGAUUUUCUUUUGUAAGCUGCUUUGCUUGUUGUUAGUGUCUAUGAAAAAUGAACUUGAGAAUUUUCAGCUGAGAAACUUUUCAUUUCACCCGAGUGUUUAUUUCAAAAAUAGUCUAUUCAUCAAAAAUACAGUUGGAAAACUCUUUCUACUCAGUAGUUAGCCGGAAUAAAUAUUUCUGAUGUUUAAUGUCACUGUAAUUCUGUAGUACCAUUAUGUGAAAAAUUCAGUUCGAUAAGCUAGCUGUGUUGUCAUGAUUAUAUCAUAGUUCAUAAUUUUUUCAUUUUAUGUGCAAUCCUCUUUAGAGGCCCUGUUAGAAUUGUCCUAACAAUCCCAUCCAUGUCAGUUGUUCUCUGAUGGAAAGAAUGGAUGGAGCAUUUCUGAGUUAACAGUGCUGAGCAGUAUUGUACCAGGUGUCAUAAACUCUUUAUGAAUGGUAAUAUUAUGUAAAUUGAAAUCUGGCCCCCAAACCAUAUUGCAGCUUUCUGAAGUGUGUUUGAAGGCCUCUUGUUAAUGAUUCUGCUAUGUUUAUAUCAUAUUAUUGGGUUAUUAAAAAAAAGGAUAUGAAGACUUGAUAAUUAUUCAUUAGGUAUAGUCAGAAAAUUGUGGUGAAAGAACUAAUGGUUUUAUUUUUUAGAACAUAGUCAUCUAAGCUACUGCUAAUUGAAUUGUUGCUAGAAUUAGAAAUUGUAAUUUAGAAUAGAAUUGGUAUUUCUGUGAUUCUUUUUGCUUCUUAAUAUUUUCUCUUUUGCAUUUUUAUAUCUAGGAUUGAGGCAUUUUCUUUCAUGUGACUUUAUCCUGUCUUAAAGAGCUGUUCUGGAAUUUCUGAUUUACCUGACUGCCUCAGAGUCAGCUCAUAGCAUCUUGCUUUUAGAUUAGCUGCAAACAAAAUUAAUCAUACUUGAUGUAAAUACAGCAAAAAACAGUGGACAUUAGAAUGGAGAACACUUCAGAUUAAAAGCUUUGGAAUUAGCUUUAUAUUUGUUUGUAACUCUAAACAGAUGUGUAAAAUUGGUUAACAUAUAUGUAAAUAUAUUGCAUUUUUAAAGAUUAAUGUUUCCUUUUAAGUGAUGAUUUCUUUGUAUUCUGUUCUCUGCACUCAGUACUCAAUAAUAUUACCAAUAAAUAUAUUUAUAAUCUGUUAAUCACAA